CACAUGAGUCUUGUUUACACUGUAAAGAGGGUACCGGCUCAGCUGCUUCGGUCCUGGCGGUUGUGUAUGUGGGGCUGCAGGCGGUAAUAUCAGAGGGGCAUGUACUGACCGGUAUCACCCCCUGGGAGGAUAACUCCACCCCGCUGCUACUGACAUGUCUUACCCGGCCCCCAAACCCAAACCCCCCGAGCUGCCCCGGGUGCUGCAGCGCAGAUUGGACUGUAACCAGGGGGCGGUGCGAGCCGUGAGAUUCAAUGUUGACGGUAAUUACUGUAUGACGUGCGGCAGCGAUAAGUCCCUGAAGCUGUGGAAUCCGCACAAGGGAACCAUGCUGAAGACGUACAGCGGGCACGGCUACGAGGUACUGGAUGCAGCAGGGUCGUGUGAUAACAGCCAGCUGUGCUCCUGCAGCUCAGACAAGACGGUCAUUCUGUGGGAUGUCGCGCAGGGUCAGGUGAUCAGGAAGUUUCGAGGACAUGCCGGGAAGGUGAACUGCGUGCAGUUUAACGAGGAGUCCACGGUCAUCAUGUCAGGCUCCAUUGACUCUUCUAUAAGGUGCUGGGAUUGCCGCUCCCGUAGGCCGGAGGCUAUUCAAAUCAUGGAUGAAGCCAAAGAUGGAGUCUCCAGCAUCAAAGUAUCAGACCAUGAGAUCCUGGCUGGGUCAGUAGAUGGGAACGUGCGCCGCUACGACCUCCGGAAAGGGGAAAUGUGUGCAGAUUAUCUUGGCAACCCCAUCACCUGUGUGAGUUUCAGUCGGGACGCGCAGUGUGUUCUGGUCUCCUCGCUGGACUCGAUGCUGCGUCUCCUGGAUAAAGGCAGCGGGGAGCUGUUGGGCGAAUACACGGGACAUCAGAACCAGAGCUAUAAGCUGGACAGCUGCCUCAGCGAGAAGGACACCCACGUCGUGAGCUGCUCUGAGGACGGGACGGUCUGCUUUUGGGACUUGGUGGAGGGUUCUCUAGCACUAAAGCUGCGUGUUUGUAAAGGAGUUGUCCAAUCGCUGUCGUUCCACCCCAGCGAGCCCUACCUGCUGACAGCGAGCGAGGGGGGCGUCCAGGUCUGGACGGGAGAAUCGCCUGAAGGGGAAAGCACCGCCACAGAGGGUUAAAGCCCUUAUUUCGUUAAUUUUUUUUGUUUUUUACCACCCUAAAAAAAAAAUUCAGUAAAAUGUAGCUUUUGUGUCUUUGGAGAUCGCCGCUUUUAUUUUUUCACACGCUUUUCUUCUUUUCCACACGCAAGUCACAUAAGCUUUCUCGGCAUCUCCACACGCAAACAUACAACUUAAAUAACAGGAGAAAAAUCAUAAAAUUAAGUAAAAGCGCAGCCUUGGUUAUCAGCA